AUGAAGCAUUUUUUAUUCUUUCUAUUAUUGAUAAUACUUCUGGCUUCAGGCAUAGAUUCCUUUUCAACGAACGAAAAACAUCCGAAAAAAUGCGUUGGAAACAAGAUUGGAACUAUCACUAGACAACCAAAUAUCAAAGUUCCCGAUGAUAUUGCGGUUCCUGCAAAUAAUAAAUUUGCAUAUGCUUUAUACCUUGCCGGAUCUUUAAACUGGACUUGUGCUGCUUAUCCCAAUGGGACGGCCUUUUGGAAUAACU